AUGGAUCCAAAUCUCUCUGCGGCGACCAGUGUCCUGGAACAGACCGAAGACUAUGGCGGAUUCCCAUGCUUCUGCUCCUUGCUGAUUCUGAUGAUUUUGGAGCGAGGCCAUAUCUCGACAAGGCUACUUGAGAAUCUCCUCGCAUAUAUGAUCUACAGCGGGUGUCUGGGCCUGACGAUCCAACUCUCGCGUCUUCAAAGCAGCAUAGCCCGGAAAGCAACCUGGAUAAUGAUGGGGCUGUCUCUGGGCAUCUACCAAGUCUUCAUUUGGACUUACUACCGUCUCUUUGACACAUGUGCCUGGGUCUUGCCAAAUAUCAACACGAGCAUCGCAAUUGCAGUCUUGGAUGUCUUUUGGAUCAUCGUCCAACUCGCCGUCAGCAUCCAGCUCGUGCGGAUCCUCAACAACCUGCAGGCACGGCCGUCUUCACCACCCGAUGAAGCCCCUUCCUCAACACCAGGAUUACUGUCUGCCUUUCGGCUCUCGGUGGCUCGGGCUCGCGGAUCGGUAUCGGGCCCGUUGCCCGAUUUACCAGCGACGCUGGCAACUUCGGCUUCUCCGCGGCCGUCUCAGCUCCUGCUCCAACUCCAGCCAUCUCCUCAGCCGCCUCCAUCGGCAAUGAAAGCAAAACUGUUCCGGAGCCAGUGCCGGAUCAUUCUCUGCUCUACCCUGCUCGGCACCUUUGUGUACACUAUUGGACUGAUCGAGCUGAUUAUGGGCAUGAGGCUAUUUUACAUGUUCGGGGUCUUGCAGUCGUUUUCGGAACUAUUGCUGGUUAUUACACUCAUCGAUCCUAAUCGACAGCCAAGUCCGACCGCACGCAUUGAUCGAGAGAUACGACCAAGUCCACUCAUCGACGAGCGGCUGGACACGGCACAAACGGCCUCUGCAGCUCCUCUCAUGAAGCAGGGAGUCAAGACGCAACAAGGUGUCUGAAAGCUGGCGGGAUGUAUUACGCCCAUUGGUGUGUGGACGGUGGCUCGGGUCGCUGGCUAUUCGCAAGUCC